GAGAUAUCGAAAUGGCCGGUGCGGCCGCUCAUGCUUGUGCUUCGUGCAAGAAGAACAAGCGGCGAUGUGACAAGACUCUUCCGAGUUGUAGCCUGUGCCUAAGAACAGGUCGUCACUGCGAUUACUCAGAGUACCCACAGUCAAGUAACUCGGAUGAAGUCAAUGAACUGCGAAACCGAAUUCAAGAACUGGAAGAACAUAUUCUGAGUUCUGCAAGUCAAACGCCGUCGUCGUUUACACCAUCUUCGUUCACAUUCGAAGUUCCUGAUACCAGUUCCAAUCCACAGCCUUUACUCUCGCAAGAUCUACAUAUUCAGGCAUCCUAUCUUGAUAUUGAUGUCUUCUCAUCUACUGUUGCCAACAAUGCUAAUCAAGUUCUUAUUGAUCCUUCUACGGUCCUUGGGAUCAAUUUCGACAUUGACAAUGUCAAGUCACAAUAUUUCCAAACCAUUCACACCUGGAUGCCUAUUAUUAGCAAAAUCAGACUCAACCGACUGACCCAGGACACACAAGGAGCCAUGAAAGCAGAUAUCGUCCUGCUUUUACUAUGCAUUAAGCUUAUCCAGGAGACUCCACAGAAUCAACAUACGGCCUCAUCAGGGCUUUACUCUACCGCAAAGUACUUUGCAAAGGACCUCGAAUUGAAAGGUGUUCUUACCCUCCGUACAGUGCAGGCUGGUCUGCUGCUGGCAGUAUACGAACUGGGCCAUGGCAUUUUCCACGCAGCAUUUAUGACGAUAGGUUGCUGUGCGAGACAGGCUGUUGCUAUUGGUCUGCAUAACAGAUUAGCUCCCCAGACUGCUGGUAAACUGCGAACCUGGGUAGACUGGGAAGAGAGACAGCGUGUGUGGUGGAUGAUUGUGACUCUUGACAGAUACGUCGCUCUUGGAUCGGACUAUCGACCACUAUGCACAGAGGACCCGAGCAAAGACUCUCUUCUCCCAGCUAAUGACAGGGCCUGGGAUGCUGGUGAAAUGGUUCCCCCUGAACGUGUCUCGCUCGCAUCCGGAAGCAACAGUUCAGUCACCCCCUUUGCUCGGCUGGCGCAGGCGUCAAACCUACUUGGGCGGGUGAUACGGCAUUGUAAUGACACAACUCUCGAGCUCCAAUAUGCCCUCGAUGAUUAUGAAAUGCUCUCUCAGGCUAUAUAUUCGCUUGUCGAUCUGCUAGUCAUGGAUGCAUCGCCAUCAUCGGAAACAAGUAUUGCCAGCGCCAUUUGUUUCAGUGCCCUUCUCAAACUUGCUAACAAUCACGCCUGCGACAUGCUCACCGAAGAAAGCCAAUGUCUUGAACCCGACAUUGCUCCUCGUGUCCGGGAAUGCAUGCAAAAAUGCCUCAACACGAUAAAGGACGUUGCUGGUCGAGUUUUGUUAUUUUCCCAGAAUCUUGGACAAAUACUUUCGCAGAACAGGUUAGAUAGUGUCUCGCCGUUGGUGCUCCACUGCAUAUACGCCUGUGCCGUGGAUUUGUCGUGGAUGGCGCUUGAGACAGAAAAUGAAGAGUAUACAGCAGGAAAGCUUGCUUGCGUGGAAAUACUAAGGACUAUAAGUAGUCGGUGGAAAGUGGCUGGUGUUUAUCUCGAAUUACUCCGAAUUAGUGAAAUUGCUGAGUGCAACUGAGCCUCUUAAUGAGGCGGUGAUUUUAUGUUCAAUCACAUUAAUCCAGAGGUAUCUAUGAAAAGUCAUGAGAUCUUUUCCUUAUCGGCUAUACGUCUGCCAAUUGGAAAGAAGAGCCAGGCGGGGGCUAUAAAUAAUCAUCAAAUCAGACCCCAGAGAUACGAUGAUCUAUGACAGAAGGAUUUUUGAUCCAUCCAAUCAUAUCAGCCUUACAUGGCAUAAGCACACGUGUACAAUCGAGGCUCAAUAAGGUAUAUAUUGGAGAGUAUCCGUGACAGCCGAGUCUCACCAGAUGUCAUCAUGGCCAAUUUCCACAGCAAAACGAUCCCCGCUACUGGGGAAGUGCCCAACAUCAAGGCCGAUGCCCUGCGAGUCUUCAACGUGCUAAAAAUCUGGCGGAAUU